AUGUCACACACAUCAUUCGUGCCAUUCUGUACAUUUAUUGAUACUACAUUCUGGGCGGAGUUGAACAGAAGAAAAUUACAUGAGUGGCGUCUUGACGAGACUCCGCGAGAAAUAAGUGGGCAGUUUUCUCUGUUUGAUACGACGGGAUAUGAGUGCCGGCUAUCGCUGAGUCAUGACAGUUUCGAACGUCAUUCGCCAGGAGCCUACCACGGUCGCCUUAUUCUGCUAAACACCCUAGAAAAUUUUAAAGGAGUGGAUCGAAAAGCAUUACUUUUUGAGGAGGCUUGCAAGGUUUGGGAAAAUAUCGAGUCCGGAGAAUGGCUGUUGUACCCAGAGCGACUGGUUCCAUUUGUGCUCACAGUGUAUGCUGACCUAAAAAAAUUCCAUUAUUACUAUUGGAACUGUUUUCCAGCCUUGUGCUUCCCUGAAAAUGUAAAAGAGAAGGUUCGAAGUUCUAUGGGUGCUCCUCAUCAACGAUACAACCACCCACCACGCAAAUUACUCAUAGUCUUUGCUGAUCCGUCACCAGUGGUUGACUGCGCAGGAUGGCCUCUUCGAAAUCUUGUAGCGGCUGUCGCGUAUAUGAAAAGAUCAUGGCGAUGGUGUUCUUUCAUUUCGUUGAGAGGAGGGAAUAUUAUGAAGGAUGUUUGGCCCACCGCAAACUGCUAUCAAUUGCCUACAAGUGUUGGUUGGGAGAGGAACAUCCAGGGCAAGAUGGUCCCACAAUUCGCAGACAUGAGGAAGAUUCUAAUGAUGGUACCUAAUGCUCGAUUUCAUGUAUUAUUUCUUUUUUUUCGAUUGAUGGAGCAGUCUGUUGGGCUCAAUCUCUCUCUAAUGAAAUGGCGACUGGUUCCAGAAAUGAAACUGGAACGCUAUACGACUCUCAAGGUUCUUAUCUUCGGAGCUGGCACCCUCGGAAGUAACAUAGCGCGUUGUCUGAUGGCAUGGGGCGUGAAGAAGAUAACUUUUGUUGACAACUCGUUUGUGAGCUACAGUAACCCGGUGAGGCAGACUUUGUCAGAGUUCGAGGAUGCUAGAGAAGCGCGUGGUAAAGCUGAAACGGCAGCACGUGCUUUGCAGCGGAUCUAUCCAAGCAUCGAGGCUGAAGGGAUUUUCUUAAGAGUGCCGAUGCCUGGUCACACGAUCGACGAAAGCGACUUAGAAGCUAUUGAAAAACUAGUAAUCACUCACGACGUCGUCUUCCUUGCUCUUGACAGUCGAGAAGCUAGGUGGCUGCCCACGGUACUAGCCACUAAGCAUGGGAAGAUGGCGUUCAGUGUUGCUCUAGGAUUCGAUAAUUAUGUUGUGAUUCGCCAUGGCGUAAAAACCGCCCUCGAGAAAGUGAUGCCAUCUCCAUCAGGUGCAUUAAUACCGUAUUCGGAAUUGGCAUGUUAUUUCUGUAGCGAUGUGACUGCACCUGGCAAUUCCGCGGUUGAUCGAACACUUGAUCAACAGUGUACAGUCAGCCGUGCAGGACUAUCGAUGAUAGCGUCCGGCGUAGCCGUUGAGCUUCUGGCCUCGAUACUUCAGUACCCUGACCCACUGCUUGCCCCGGCAAACAUCGGCGAACCGGAUGAUUCAUCAUCGUUGUUGGGUGCAACACCGCAUCAGGUUCGAGGAUAUCUGUCGCGUUUCAGUCAGAUGACUCCAUGUGUGCGGCGAUUUGAAAAAUGUGUCGCUUGCGGGAACACAGUAUCAGAAGAAUACUCGUCUAGAGGUGCAGUAUUUGUUAAAGAGGUGAUGAACUGCCCCUCGUAUUUGGAAAAACUGACAGGAUUGGAUCGGCUACAGGACUCAAUAAACGAUGUACAUAUCGAGUUUAGCGAUAAUGAUUCUGUCAUGUCUUUAUAA